AUGUCAGAUACUCGCAAUAAUUGUAAACAGGGGCUUACCAUUCAUUGUGAACAAGAGUUGCGGAAAUUUUUCAGCCAUAUCGAUCCACAAGUUUUAUCAGCGAUUUUAUCAAAGGAAUGGCAAAAACACAUAAAACAAUGGCAUCAUAGGAUUGCACGAUCUGGAGCAGACUUGUUAAGAGAGUACAAACAACAAUCUGGAGCAAGGGGCGACCCAUUUAUUUUACUGCAAAUUGCCACACGUGAAAACUUUUCACCGGUUUCUCUGUGCCGCAUUUUGCUGAGCAUGGGAUUUGAGGGAAAACCGAAAUCAGUAACCAAUGAAAUGAUGAAACAUCCAUACUUAAUUCCUGACCCUCUGUUGGCGUUGAAUGUUCUGAAUUGUCUCCACAAUGACAAGUCUGAUGGUCCAUUGACUGAUUUAAAACGACAAACCAUUGGUGAAGAUUAUGAAGUGCGAUUGAAAAAAAUGGCCUCAGAUGCGGGCUUGGAGUUUCAUGACGAAGUGCAUUUGAGACGAUAUGGAUAUGACAAGACACCGGAUUUAAAAUUGGCCGUACCUUGUAUGUACAAAGGAAAGAUAAUCAAUUGGAUCGAGAGCAAGGCAUCAUUCGGCGAUAUGACUUCACAUCGGCAAUAUGUGAACGAUCAAUUGUCUAGCUACGGAAAUAG